AGGAAGGAAGGAAAAAGAGAAGAGACCGAGUGGUAGUGGAGAAGGAAAGGAGAAAAGAAAGAGAGAAAGAGGAGAAGCGUGAGCAAGGAGAAUAAGAGAGGUGGUUCCGAAGGUGUUCCAGAGGGACAAGUUUUUAGAGUGCACUUGCUUUUCUUCGUUCGGGGGCAGAGGGUGAAGAAGACAACGAUGGCCGGAUGGUGGAGCCUCGGUGGUGCUUUUCUUCUGCUUUUUGGUAUUCUCCUUGCUUCCUAUUUGUACAAGAUCAACUGGAUCAAGGACCUAAGAUUCGAAGGUGACAACAAAAGAGUUUUAGCGAAUUACUUGGAAUCGAAAAAGCGUAAAUUGGGUAAGCUUCCUCCAGUUUAUCCAAACGGAUGGUUUGCCCUGUUAGAGAGUUCUCAAUUAGACAAGGGUCAAGUAAAACACGUAGCUGCUCUCGGACAGAAUUUUGCCGUCUUCAGAUGUAAGAAAUUGUUAAAAGCGCAACCUCUUUUUUUGUCGAUAUUUAUAUAUGCAUGGGAAAGUAAAGGGAAAACGUGGUACGACAAAAAUAUCGUGCGAAGAACAGAUAAUGGGACGGUGAGAAUUUUAGACGCUUAUUGCCCUCACCUGGGUGCAAAUAUGGCAGAGGGUGGCCGUGUAAAGGGUGAUUGCUUAGAAUGUCCCUUUCAUGGUUGGCUAUUUCGUGGUUCCGAUGGGCAAUGCGAUUACAUCCCCUAUGCUGACAAAGUGCCACAUAUUGCCAGAACAAAAACUUGGAAAAGUUGCGAGGCUAACGAAAUUAUCUUCGUUUGGCACCACGCCGAGGGAUUAGAACCACACUGGCAGCCGCAAACAAUUAGUCACGUUUUAAACCGAACAUGGCGUUAUCAGGGUCGAAACGAGUUUCUUAUCAAUUGCCAUAUACAGGAAGUUGCGGAGAAUGGUGCCGAUUCGGCACACCUCAGCGCGGUGCACGGACCAGCAAUAUUUGCAAAAAUUGCACGUAUCUUUUCUGCUUUCGCCCGUCAUUCGUGGACGAACGUUAAUUGGGCACCGCAUAAUUCUUUCUUAGAAUCUCAAAACUCGAACGGAACCGAGUCAGAGAAACAGGAUGGUGAAAAUUUAAGGCACAGAGCAUACAUGACUUUACGGCACAGACUGAUUCUGUUUGAGAAAUUCCAAAUUUUACCAUUGGACGUAAACGUUCAGCAAAUCGGCCCAGGAUACGUUGAACUCAUGAUGCACAGCUCUCUAGGAUCCAUGUGUAUUUUCCAAACGGUGACACCGAUGGAACCCCUCUUACAAAAGGUGACUCACGUACUAUACUGUCCACCAUUGCUUGGUCCAUACGCUAGUAUGUUAUUCCUAGGAGAGUGUUUAAUGUUCGAAAGAGACGUAGCCAUUUGGAAUCGAAAGAAGUUCGAGAAACGACCGCUUCUGGUCAAAGAAGAUAAAAGUAUAAUUGCUUAUCGCAGGUGGUACGCCCAAUUUUAUUCGGAGCAUAGUCCAAGUUAUCAUUCCGCUAUCAAAUCUUUACAAUGGUAGCAAUACCUUUCCUAUUAUAAAACAUUUUCUCAUCUUUGAUAACGCCCACUAAAUUUCACAUCCCUGAUAAUUGUAAGAACGAUAAUAUUAGCGAUUAUAUUAAAUAAAUACAUU